CGCGGGGCCGCGGGCCCCGGUCCAGCCUGCGCGCCCAGCUCCUCGCGCUGGAAGCCCGCGCAUGCGCGCAGUUCGCCCCGCCGCUGUUUGGCCGUUUCCAUGGCUACGAAGAGCCUUGACGGGGGAGUCUGGGAAGGAGAAAAUGAAACUCAAGAGCCUCCUGCUCCGGUAUUACCCUCCAGGAAUUAUGUUGGAAUAUGAAACGAAUGGAGAACUGAAGACCAAAUGCAUCGAUUUGCUCAACCUCAGUCCCAGUACUGAUGUCAAUGCCUUAGUAGAGGAGAUACAGAAAGCGGAGCCGGUAAUCACAGCUUCACGAUCAGACCAAGUAAAGCUUUUACUACGGAGAUUACAAGACAAACUCAGGCAGCACAGCAACCACCAAUUCUAUCUUUUUAAGGUUCUCAGAGCACAUAUACUGCCAUUGACUAAUGUUGCACUUAAUAAAUCGGGGUCUUGCUUUAUUACAGGAAGCUAUGAUCGGACGUGUAAACUUUGGGAUACUGCAUCUGGAGAGGAGCUUCAUACCCUGGAGGGCCACCGGAAUGUGGUUUAUGCCAUAGCAUUCAACAAUCCGUAUGGUGACAAAAUUGCCACUGCAUCCUUUGAUAAGACUUGUAAGCUAUGGAGUGUAGACACGGGAAAAUGUUACCAUACCUUUAGAGGUCAUACAGCAGAAAUAGUGUGUUUGUCAUUCAAUCCUCAAAGCACCCUCGUGGCCACUGGCAGCAUGGACACAACAGCCAAACUGUGGGACAUUCAGAACGGAGAGGAAGCGCUCACUUUGACGGGACAUUCGGCUGAAAUCAUCUCUUUGUCCUUUAACACCUCGGGAGACAGAAUCAUCACAGGGUCUUUUGAUCAUACAGUUGCAGUGUGGGAAGCUGAAACUGGAAGGAAGGUGUAUACCCUAGUUGGGCAUUGUGCUGAGAUUAGCAGUGCUUCAUUCAACUGGGAUUGCUCUCUGAUAUUAACCGGCUCUAUGGACAAAACCUGCAUGCUGUGGGACGCUGCAAAUGGAAAAUAUGUGGCAACAUUAACAGGCCAUGAUGAUGAAAUACUAGACAGCUGUUUUGAUUACACUGGAAAACUUAUUGCUACUGCUUCAGCCGAUGGAACGGCAAGGGUUUUCAGUGCAGCCACAAGGAAAUGCAUUGCCAGAUUGGAGGGCCACGAAGGUGAAAUUUCAAAGAUUUCUUUCAACCCCCAAGGGAAUCGUCUUCUAACGGGCAGCGCUGAUAAAACAGCGAGAAUCUGGGAUGCUCAGACUGGUCAGUGCCUCCAGGUUCUUGAGGGGCACACUGAUGAGAUCUUUUCAUGUGCUUUCAACUAUAAAGGCAACAUAAUCAUUACAGGUAGCAAGGAUAAUACCUGUAGGAUAUGGCGUUGACGGAAGAGAGCCGGCUGAUGAGCGGAUUUGCUAGCGAUGGAGGUGAAGGUAGAGCUUCACAGUUGUCAAGCAAGCUAUUUUCAUGUUUCACAUCUUCUCUUUUUCCACAAGUCAACUACAUGCUGUUGUUAGCUUUGCAGAUAUGACUGUUAAAACUAAUAAACUUAUAUCACGUCUUCAUAGUAUUUGAUGGAAAUAAUAGGAGAGACCACAAUGUGGGGCCAAUGUCACUGGUGAUUGCAUCUUUGUUUUUAUUUUUAGUAGCAUCAUGAUAGUGAUAAAGGAAAUCAGAGUGAUUUCACAGUGUGUCUCAGAUUCUCCUUUGAAAGCUCUUAUAAAAUCUGUUGAAUAAAGGUUUUGGAAGCA